UCCUCAAGGAAGAAAUCCAAAGUUUACACAAACGCGCUCAGGAUAUAGCAGAUCCAUCGUCUUUCCUUUACAAGAGUAAAAUAACAGCGUGUGGAGCAAAAUGUGCAUCUCACUCCUCUGCCAGUUAAACCCGAGGCCUCUAUGGCUUCACCCUGGCGCCCAUGGCGCGCUUACUUCUUGCCAGCCUGAGACUGUCCCACACACAUGUACAACAGGAACCAAGGCGCUGCUACCAAAGAAAUACAACAAAGCAAACCCCCCUGCUGCUUGUCCUGUCAGGUGCUGAAAAAGCAACGCUGCUUUCGUCUUCUUGGCCCCCACCUGUGCGUGCCUGGCCUGGCAUACUGCCAACUUGGCCACCAGGAAGUUGCCAGGAGAUGGAGCGAGUUUCCCAGCCACAGCGCCUGCCAGAGAAGUUUGUAGGGAGAAAGGCGAACUUGCAGGUCAUUGGCGUGCACAUUAGCUGGCCACGCCCCCCGCCCGUGCUGGCUAGGCGAUUAUAAAUAGGCGCAAGCUGAGGACUUUGUGCAGGAAUCUUGAGCUUUGCUCUAUUUCUCUCUCAAUUAAAGCCCUCGCUUCUAUAUUUGUUCUUCCUUUCCACAACCCCUCUUGUACUUUUGUAAUGGAGCUCGCUGCGUGUCCGUCGCUUUGGGCUUACGGGGCUGUGUGGCUCUCUUUCCUCCUUUUGGGUUUCCUAAGGUUCUCCAACUCUGAUAUGGUGCUGAGCCCGGCAUUGCUACUCUAUGUAGUGGUGCUGGUACUUAUCGAAUGGCUCUGCCACCUGUAUCUUCCUAUCGCUCUAGGAAUCCUAUUCCUCAGCUCAGCAUGCUGGUAUGUCUUGGGCAUCGUCUCCCCAAAGAGAACCCUGCCAGUAGAAGGCAAGGUGGUCUUCAUCACAGGCUGUGAUUCAGGAUUUGGAAACGUUGCCGCUCAUAAACUGGACUCUAUGGGAUUUAAAGUCAUUGCUACUGUAUUGAAUCUCGAAAGCCCAGGAGCCAGGAAACUUAGAAAAAUAUGUUCAGAUAACCUAACAAUCAUACAAAUGGACCUAACCAAACAAGAGGACAUCCAAAAGGCUCAGCAGACGACAAAGUUGCACACAGCUGGAAGGGGUCUCUGGGCAUUAAUUAACAAUGCUGGAUACUGUGCUCACUUUGGAGAUGCUGAGUUGACCCUGAUGUCCACCUACAAAGCCUGUAUGGAUGUAAAUUUUUUUGGUACUCUGGAGCUAACCCAGGCUUUAUUGCCUUUUAUCCGUUAUGCCAAAGGAAGAAUUGUUACAGUGGGCAGUCCAGCAGGAGAACAUUCCUUUCCAUAUCUGGCUGCAUAUGGAUCAUCAAAGGCUGCACUGAAUAGAGUUAUGGACAUAUUUCGCCAUGAACUAAUGCCAUGGGGAGUGAAAGUCAUUUUGAUACUACCAGCAUCAUACAAAACAGGUGCUCAUGAUAAUCAUAUCCAUUGGGAGAACCAGCACAAAAAGCUGUUGGCCAAUCUGCCCAUUGAACUACUCCAGGAAUACGGGGAGGAAUACAUCACAGAAACCCAAAAUCGGUUCCUGAAAUAUGGAGACACAGCCUGUUCUGACUUUAGCCCAGUCAUAGACAGCAUUACAGAUGCCAUAAUAUCUGAGAAUCCUAAAGUAAAAUAUUACGCGGGAAAAAACUUAUGGAUUCUCUACCUCAUUGGAAUUUAUUUGCCCCAUUCUGUAAGCGACAACUUCUGCAAAUGUCUGUUCCUAAAAAAUAAUGUUCUUCCAAGGUCUCUCAGAAAACAGAAGACCAAUGAAUAGGAAUAAUGGGAAGCCAGUAUAAUUACCUGUUUUUUCAAGUCAAUGGAAAACAAAAUGGCUAUGUUUUAAGCAAAACAAAAAAAGUUUGAAAGAAAGUAAACAAUCAAAAAACAAUCUCCCCAAGGAAGAAAAAAGCAAGAUACGAUCUUACCCGCAUUAAAACAUAGAUGUUACAUUUGUGUAAAAGAAAACACGAUUGGUUUAGCAAAUGUCCCACCUUUACUUGCAAAUGUCCCACCUUUACUUGCAAAUGUCCCACCUUUACUUGCAAAUGUCCCACCUUUACUUGCAAAUGUCCCACCUUUACUUGCAAAUGUCCAGAUUUAUUUGCUGACCUAAAAGGGAUAACUAAUAUAAUAUCUCUUGUGCAUCUGUCUCAGCUCUCUGUUCCAGUUAUCUAGCGGUUCUAGACAAAGAAUACAUAAUAUGAAUACAUGUCAAACUUUUUUUUAAUUGAAGAACAAAGCCAGUUUAAAGCACUUACAAAUUUUAGUGAGUUAGAGUCAUAGUCUCAUAAAAGCCACUGUAUCUUACACAAGUAAAGACUUUUCCUGUCUUUAACUGAAAAGUUCUACUGGGAUUGUGUGUAUCCACAAAAACCUUGGUUUCAGCAAAGGGUGUUUUUGUAUGUUUUUAGCUUGAAAAUGUGUGAAAUAGAAAACAAUGAUGAGAUUAGCUUCCCCUUGAAAAUGUGUGAAAUAGAAAACAAUGAUGGGAUUAACUUCCCCUUGAAAAUGUGUGAAAUAGAAAACAAUGAUGAGAUUAGCUUCCCCUUGAAAAUGUGUGAAAUAGAAAACAAUGAUGGGAUUAGCUUCCCCUUGAAAAUGUGUGAAAUAGAAAACAAUGAUGGGAUUAACUUCCCCUUGAAAAUGUGUCAAGGACAGGCAUCAAGCACUAUCAAGGACUAUUCUACUCCUCUACUCUUCUAAACCUCCUUAGGACUCAAUGGCUCUUAGCAGCUUAAACCUGGCCUGCUUUUUAGCAGACUAAAAAACCAGUCUAAUAAAGUUUUAUAAAACCAGAAUGCUUAUUUGUUUCUCGAACUUUUCGAGAAAAAAACAAAACAACAUAUGCAAAUCUAUAAAUCAUAAAAAACAAUUCUAUCUUUUCUCACAAAACCUUAGUACAUGGGCCCCCUUUGUUUACAAUUACAUUUAUGCACACACAUGUUACCAAUGAAUAAAGAGAUCACUUGAUAUUUGAUAUAAAAAUAAAUUAUUAAUAUCUUUAAAAUAAUAAUUAUUUUUUGUUCCAUGUGCCUCUUGACUUUCCUAGGCAUGCCAGUCUUCUUUUGGAUCAACAUUUAAAGAUUGUUGAAGUCUUGUUGCUACCAAACAUAGAAAGGCAUAAUCCUUUCUCUUAUUUAUUUUAUUUAUAUCUCAUAGACAUAGGUAUAUUGUUUUGGCUCAAGAUCAAGCACUGUGAAAUGGAGAGUCAUAAUCGGUUGGAUCAUGCCAUUCCAUUUCCAAUGUGGCAUGUGUAUUAAACAAAGGAAAAUCAUAUUUGGCUUCACUGUUGCCACACAGUAAAAUGGCCAUUGUGCUGUAACUAACAGUGCUUCAUCUGUAUGUGGCAGAUUUCCAUCAGCAGCUUGCUUUGGCAAUGGCAUGUGCCACAAUCGCAAUAAAAUACCACCAUCUUGUGGUGUUUACAGGCACUUUAAAUGCAAAAAAAAUCUUGACCAUUAGUAAUAUAACAUCAUACUUACUACAAAGCAAAACAUAAUGUAGACUGUGCAGAGAAAAACCAUAUGGGCACACUUAGAGAAAAUCCAUUAACAUUGGGUUUUGGCUGCACUUGCCAACAGUGACGUGAGGCCUUCGCCUCUUCCCAUAGUUUUCUGGAACUGAAUUAGUAGACUGACUAGAAGAUUUUGGAAAGCAGCAAAGACAAAGUUUGUUUGUGACUGGCAUGAUAUGGUGGCACAGAGAAAGGGAGGAGUGUCUCAAUAAAGAAACACUCCUCAAAAUCGACAUUUAUACAGAUCUUUAAAGUUUUCAUAGCCUUUACUGGUAAAGCAGCUCGAGAAUUCUUUUGUAAGUGGAGUGAUAAAACAUUGGCAAGACGUUGUGAGAAAUGUUGAUAAAUUAAACAAAGUGGGAGAAAAGCAUGGUUUGUUUUCUAUUGAGUAAAAAAAAAAAUUGCGACCUUGAAAAAGUCCCUGAAAUGAGAUUUGGCGCCCAAACGUUUUUUGUACAAGAAAAGAUCAUUAAAUUCUAAGCAACUUUUCAAAAUACAUUCAUUCAUUUUUCAAAGAUUUAAAAAUUAUUUGUAAAUGUAAUUGCAGUUUCUGUUCUCUGGUUCUGACGCUUGAAUAAUGUUUUAAAAGUCAUUCCUUGGGUCUGUUAAUCAGCUGGAUUCUGGCACAUUAUUUCAUGAAUGCAGAGAAUAAAUGCAGCCAGACAGAAAUGGCAUUCUACAGCAAGUACAUUUAAGCUACAUAAUAAUGUAGCUUAAAUGUACUUGCUGUAGAAUGCCAUUUCUGUCUGGCUGCAUUUAUUCUCUGCAUUCAUGAAAUAAUGUGCCAGAAUCCAGCUGAUGCUUAAUUCAUUUUUUCAUCACACAAACCAGUUGUGCAUGUAUAGGUGCCAGCCCUUUCACAGCACAAUGAGCACAUUCCAAUUGCCUGUCCUGCCAUGUCAGGAUGGCAUUGGCAUAGAUGUUUGUGACAGUGGCACACAGCUGUUAUCAGUUAUACCAGGAAGGGGAUCUAGUUUAAAAGGAGCUAUUUUCCCCAGGAUAUUAUCCAGACCUUUGCUUAUGGAUCAUCACAUCUACACGGGGGUGCAAUAAUGGGCAGCAAUUUGAGUUUUCCAAUUAUCUGAAUUCUUGUGAGCUACAAAGUUGUCAGGUUUCCAGCAACUUGAAUGAACAUGCCUGUGUAUACUUAUCACUCUCACACACAAGGCUGUUGAAUGGAUCUGCAAUAGCAAAAUCUGUGGUACAAAUAACUUUCUAUGAAGCAUUUCUCAAUAAAUAAAUAUUGUAACUAUAAAGUGUCAUGACUGUGACACAGAUCUGAUUCAAAUGAAAUAGUCAGAGGUAAAGAAAAUCAGGAUUUUGUCUUUUAAAUUCUUUCUAAACAUCAUCUUGCAUUACACUAUGUCUGUUUAAAUUGUAUUUAUUUUUCUAAUAAAAUGGAAAAACUGGG